CAGAGCUUUACAAAAUUGUGUGUAGGAGGAAUGGAUCCCAGAGGAGUGAGCACCUAAGAGCUGAUGUUGAGGAUAGAGGUCUAAGGAGCAACUUCAUCUUUUCAUCAUGAAUGAAGUGUACUUUUGUAGACUUCAAAUAAAGUUUUUACAAAAACAAAACGGAACAAGCAGGGGCGGACUGACAACUCAUGGGGCCCCGGGCAAUAGGGGAUCAUGGGGCCCCUGUGCCCUUGCCCAAACUCAAAAAAGCCUA